CGGGCUCGAGUCAAGUUUCCUUUUUUAUUUGAGUGGUGUCGUCGAUGCAUGUUAGCUUCAGAUGUGCGUAGCCAGAUUGAGCCCUGCGCAUUGAAUUCACUCGAUCCUUGUUACCCUCGAUUUGAUGGAGAAAAAAGCUAUAUACGUGUGAUGUUUUUCACUGGUGUAACAUGACCAUCACUCGCGUCCUUUGACACUAGAUUGAAGUGCAUACUCUUUUUUUAUUGAUUGAUGUGCAUUAAUCUGACGCUCUCUUAUUCUAUGAGCUGUUGCUUUUUUGCUGCCUUCUUUUCCCAUCUUGGUAGACAAAUUCUUACUUUCUCGGCUCUUCGUUACUCUCUUAGAUUGUGCUAGCCAGGGUCAAGGCCUGUAAAUCGUGUAACCAACCAUGUCGAGGAGGCAAGUGGGCUCUACGCGUAGGUUUGUGGAUACUGGAAGCUUCCCAUUCGCGGGAUCUUUACAUUCAAAGUCCCGGUCUUCCCCGCUGUUGUCCAUUGGCCUAAUUCUUGUGGGAGCAGCACUGCUCAUUUGCCUUGCUUAUGGUGGCUCAGGCAUAUUUGGAGGUAACAAAAAUGCAGUUAGCAAGGUUGAAGGUGACUUCUUGUGUACAUCGGAAGUACAGAGAGCCAUUCCUCUUCUGAAGAAAGCAUAUGGUGACAGUAUGCGAAAGGUUUUGCAUGUGGGUCCUGAUACUUGUUCAGUGGUUUCUAAACUGUUUCAAGAAGAAGAAACUGAAGCCUGGGGUGUGGAACCAUAUGAUAUAGAAGAUGCUGAUGCAAGCUGCAAAGGCCUUGUUCGUAAGGGCCUCGUACGUGUUGCUGAUAUUAAGUUUCCUCUUCCAUACAGGCCAAAGUCUUUUUCCCUUGUAGUUGUAUCGGAUGCUCUGGACUAUUUAUCUCCAAAGUAUUUGAACAAGACUCUUCCCGACUUGGCAAGGGUUUCGGCUGAUGGUAUAGUAGUUUUUACAGGUUUCCCUGGUCGACAAAGAGCUAAAGUCGCAGAAUUGUCUAAAUUUGGACGACCGGCAAAAAUGCGGAGCUCGUCCUGGUGGAUACGCUUCUUCAUGCAGAUGAGCUUGGAAGAGAACGAAAGUGCGGGUAAGAAGUUUGAGCAAGCGGCUUCCAAGAAGUCAUACGAGCCGAACUGCCAAAUUUUUCACCUGAAAUCAUAUCACUGAUUUUGCAACAUCAUCAGAGCAGCCUGUCGACUAUAAAGUUGCCUCUCUGUUCCCGGAUUAAACAAGUCACUCUUUGGUUUAUCGAUUUAGCGGUAUAGAUGAAUUCAUGUAACUUGAUGCUCUGUUCCUUUAGCACAACCCCUCUUUAUCUUUAUAGUGAUUAAUUCAUUCAUCAUAUUCACUUCACAGUACGUCCGUGUAUUUCACUAUUCGAUUUCAAAUGAUAUGAUUUUGUUCCA